AUAUUGACUCGAAAGUGUGCAGGGUGCAGUUUAAGAUUCGCAUUAGGAAACGAUCAUUACAGUAAUAAUAAGUUCCUUCGCUUUUUUCCUUAGGUGAUACAUGAUUGUUGACAAAACUUCUUGUAGCAAUAUCGUGAGGAUUUUGUGUUAAACCUGUUAUGAAUACGCACGUCUCGAAUGACAAGCCUUUGAAAAGUCACGUACUGAAUUUGGCAAGCGACUAACAAAAGGUAAAUGCUGGUGACAUGACUGAUUCCACGAGCAGUGAAAGCGGAGGCAGUGGUUAUUCGCGAAGAAAUUCAAGGAGGAUUCAUCGCACAGAUUGUCCUCUCUCUAAUCCGAAGUUUGCGAAUUAUGAUUCUCCAAACGAUGACAUGUCCUUCUCAGUUGACGAGCAAAGUUUAGUAGGAAACGCUACUCAGCACUUCAAAGGGAACAGAGAAACUGUAAGACAGGCUGUGGAAAUUGUGUUGAACGCAACAGCGAAAAAGCGCAAGAUGAAGGGAGCAAUUUCCCUUUGUACGGAAGUCGCUAAACUUUUGGACGACAUCAGCAGACUAGAACACCAAGUAAUAGUUCUGAAGAUGAGAGAUAAAGAUGGUUCUAAGGGAAGUGGCCACACUGGGUCUUCAUUAAUUAGUUCUACUGAAUCAAACAAGUCAGAGAAUCAACAUGCAAUGCAAACUAAGACCAUCCAAGUUCAGCCAAUCUUGACAGACCGCAGUACGAGUCCAUUACUAAAGGAGGUUCACAUGAAAAAUGCAAGCACUAUUGCUUGUCAGACAGAAGUUACUUCAGAUACAGAAAAAGAAAAUGUUAGACUGAAGAAGCAGUUGUAUGCUGUGAGAAUAGAAAUGGAGGAACUAAGGAAGAAACAAACUAUACUUCCAAUGAUUGUUGGAAGCCAGAGAACUGCGUCAAAAGCUGGGAGUCAACCAGACCAUCAGAAGAGGGGCACAAACAUUGUGCCAGUAUCUCCAGUCAAAAGACGACCAGAGUCAGUAGAUCACCAAGUAGAAUUACCACAUAUUCCACCAACUAAAAAUCCAAGUCAGUUAGUGGAUUGUAAUAAAAAGAUUUUAGUUCAUCAACAGAGAAGGAAGGGAUAUAGACCACUUUCUUCUCCACCAAAAGGAUCAUGUCAUCAACCCAUCAGACCCAAUGAAAUGUAUUCCCAGUGUAAAUGUAAAGGUUGUGUCAGAGCCCUGGCUGAAGAAAGUGAAAUAACAUUAGCUGGCUACACAGACAAGAAAUCUCCCAAGUCAGAGAUUUUGCCAAGUAUCGGUGAUCAUAUUGUUGUUCGAAGUCAUCUUACAGGUACAGUAAAAUAUGUUGGACCAGUUAAUGGGGAAGAGUCUUACAUCGGCCUCCACUUAGAUUCACCAGUGGGGAAUCACAGUGGAUCUUUGGAUGGAGUUCAUUAUUUCUCCUGUCCACCAAACUAUGGAGCUUUUGUUCAUAUUGAUGAUGUGUUAUGCAUUACAACCUCAAAGGAAAAGCAAGCUGUUGGAUUUUCCACAGGACUUCAAAAAUCUUUCCCAAAUGCUUUUACAGCAUUAUACCCAAAGAAAAAGAAUGUGCCAGAAGGCUCUUAGAAGUUAAUUUCAACAAAGGCCAAGAGCCUGAGAGGUGACUAGCCUGGCUAACAUGAGGUUUACUCUCGUUAUCUGACUAAGGAACUAUUAUUAUUGUUAUUACUAAUGAUAGUUUUUCUGCCAUAAAAAAAUAAUCAUGCAUUGCAUGACCUUCAUUUUGCAGCCAACAUUUAUUAAGAGUGUAGUGCUUGUGACAAAAUUGACCAAGAAUUGUUUGCCUCUUGUUAAUUAAUACUCUUGACUUUGUGACAGUUUCAGACACAAAUAUGAACAAAGGUCACACAAAAAGCAUAGUUUGGCUAAGGAAGGCCAGUGUAACCAAAUACUUAAUUUUCCUCUUCAGUCAAAUGCAAUUGAUACAAAUGAAAUACUUUUGGAAAUAUCAGGCUGCUUGCAAAAAUCAGUUGGAAAAAUAAUUAGGAGUGUUUUUAACUCUUUUAUUGUCAUUAUGUUGGGUUGGAUUGUGGAAAUGAGACUGUGUUUCCUAAUGAACUGAAUAGGCCAUUUUACAGUUGUGUACUUAGUUGCCAAGCCUUUGAUUCAGAGUGAGGCUGAAGGUGACCUUGUUG